GAAAAUCGAAAAGGAAACGGCAAAGGGUGGGGGUUGGUCCGGAAUGAAUUUCCCACUUCCCCCGAACGAAAAGCCGUUUUCUUCCCUCACGCAUCAUCGACGAGAAGAUGCUGCCGUGAAUCGAAACCAUUCAUCAUCAUCAUCAUCAUCAUUGCCAGCGUCAUCGUCAUCGUCGUCUUCUUCUUCCUCGUUUCCGAUUCAGAAACCCUAGCUCUGCAAAUCCCGCACCCCCCUCCGCACGGGAUGGAUCUCCCCAGCAAUCUCACCCCCACCGCCGCCGCCGGCAGCGAGAAGGGCAUCCCCUGCCUCAGCCGUACGACCCGUCGGCCCCCUCCGGCUACGGUUACUACCCUCAAUACCCGCAAGAUUACCGGGACCAGCAGCCGCAGCCGCAGCCGCAGCACUACCCCUACGAUCAGUACCGGUACCCGCCGCCGGCCUCCCAUCAUCAGGCGCUCCGGCCCCCGCAGGAACCUGGGCCGCCGCCGCCGCAGCAGCAUCCGGUGGCGGGUCCGGGUCGGGCCGAUCCGGCGGGCGGUAUGGUCCAGGUCCAGCUCCCGCAGCACCUGUAUCAUCUGCUCCAGCAAUGCGUCGGGGCGGCCGGCGGAGGCGGAGGGCCGGUUCCCGGAACGCCCGGGUUGAGCGGGGCCGCGUCGGCGGCCGUGGCGGCGCUGUCGCAGCUGAGUCAGUUCGCGGACACGAUGAGCGUGGCGGAGAGGGUGGUUUCCGGGUUUGGCCAGCCGCAGGUUAGUCACCCUCAAUUCAGUGGUGUUAACCAGCCAUUUAGGGGGUCCAACCUUGGGCACUUUGCCCACCAUCAUGCCAGUGUAGGUGGUCCAACAAUUAAUGGGAGAGGACACAGACGCAAGAAGCACAAGGGUGGCCAUCAGAUUAAUGAGGGCACAAAAUUGUCUAACAACAACAGGAAACCAUCUGCAGAUGCACAAGCAGCGGAAGCUACGGCCACAUGUCAGGCUUCCAAUAAUGCCAUCCAUAAAGCUCCAACUCAAGGGGGAAAAGCUGCUUGGUGUGAACUCUGUAGAGUUGAGUGCACCAGCAUUGAUAUACUUGAGCAGCAUAAGAAUGGAAAGCGGCAUAAGAAGAACAUGCAGAGAGCUGAACAAUUGAAGAACACUGCGAACAAUUUAGAGGCCCCAUCACAAAAUCACCAGGACCCUGGAGCUGGGCCUGGUCCAGACAGUUCCCAACUGUGCAACAAUGCUCUGCAAGGUGAUGUACUUGCGAAAAUUGAUGGCAAUAGCAGUGGUGCAAUCACAGAUGUGCAAAUAAACACAGUAGGACAGGCGGACAACCAGACAGGGUCAUCGCAGAAUUUGCAUCUCCAGAGUCAAGUUGAGACUAGGAAGUCUGUCAAGAAACGGAAGAUUAAGGGGGGUGGAGAAUGGGAACGCCAGAAGAAGUUGGAAGCCACUGCACAACCGAAUAAACCUCCUCAGUCUAAGGUGGUUGGUCCAAUAGUCUGCGAUCUGUGCAAUAUUAGGUGCGACACAAGGGAAGUGUUUGACCGCCAUCUUUCUGGUAAAAAGCACCUUGCUAGGCGUAUACGCUUUGAAGGGCACCGAGCUCAAUAUGGAUCACUGGGACUGCAGGCUCUCUACCCUCCAAAUCCUGCGGCAACACCUCGUGUUUCACACCCUCAGAGUGGGCUGGAACCACAAACUCUCAAUGCAGUUCCUAGCGCAGCGCCAGAUCAGAAUCACAUUGCUGCUGUGCCAGAUGGAACUGCAACCCAUGGUUCUUGUCAAGCUUCAAAAUGCUGUCCCACUGCUGUCGACCUAAAUAUUGCUCCAACGGGAGCUGGAGCUCAACCAUAAGAUCAAGAUCUAGAUGGAAAAUAAUUUUUUUGAGUUUGGCGGCCACAGACAUGUUUAAUUGCUAGAACGUCUUCAUGAACUAAAGAUGGGACUUCUACCGAUAGGCAAUACCUUUGCGACUGACAAUGUCCUGGUCACAAGAAGAUGCUACAGCUCCAUUCAGCAACGAUGUUCUGAUACUGCGAAGCCAACAGUAUGCGACAAAUGGAGGUGCAAAAUGAACAUUUUGUUCUUCUUUUUCUUUUGCUAGUAAUUUCAAGAAAUAGAGUUGAAUUUGUUGAUUAGCUGCUAAUUUUGUCGAUGUGUCAGUUACCACAUCCACCCAGUUGUAUCAACAUCAUAAUUAGCAGGAUAGUUUGGUUUUGUAGGGAUGCAUAAUUAUUAUGGAUCAUGUUUCUGAUGCUAUGGCCGCGGUGGUCUCGUGUUCUGACUGACUUGUAAAUUAUUCUCAAAGGAAAAUAGGACUGUCUUGUGACUCUCAUGUCAUACUCGAA